UCUAAGAUAAAAAUAACGUGAUUUCACAUUAGUUAUUGGUCUUCCCUGCCUGUCAUUCGUGCGCUUAAGUCUUGUUUAAUAUCUACGCAGAAUGUAGGUGGUAUACAGUUCAAAAAUGCCUCUGGCGUUCUGUAUGGGUCUCCAUUCUCCAGUAAAAAUAAGUUGGGGUAGGAGCGGAGCUGGGUGUCUCUCCUGCUGCCAGAGAGACUUAAGAGGUUGUGAUUAAUUACUCCAGAGUGAAAGAGCUGUCAACUCUUUGUGUUUCCAUUAAAUUAGAGGCUCCAGAGACCGACACACUCAUUCAGGUGAGAUCUCGACUCGCGAACGCAGGGACGCGGCACUUCUCCUCCACAUCAGCCGCCGGCGAGUUAUAAAGCUUUCUCGGCCGGGAGCUGGAAUAGGGGAAUCCGAGGGGCUCUGCGCGCCGACACAACUCUCGCAGACUGCAUGCAACGUCUUCGGAGAGCACUACAAUCUGGAACGUUAAAAGGUUUGCAGUAGGUGCCGCGUCCCUAUGGUUGGAAGGCACGCACUCCUUAUGGAUAGCGGGAAUGAUUCGUUAACAGUCAUGGAUGACAGCCCAUCUUCCAGCCCGAGCUCCAGCCCCAGCCCCGACAGGGACGCCCUCUUGUCCCCGGACAGGCGGCGCUCAGGGGCGCUGACCCCCUCCAGGGUGGUCCGGCCUGGCAGCUUGGGCGGCCGGGGGAGACCGGCCGCGGCCAACGCGGCUCGGGAGAGGAGCCGGGUGCAGACGCUCAGGCACGCUUUCCUGGAGCUACAAAGGACUCUGCCCUCCGUUCCCCCGGACACCAAACUGUCCAAACUAGAUGUCCUGAUACUGGCCACAACGUACAUCGCGCACCUGACCAGAACCCUCCAGGAAGAGGGGAUGGACGAAGGAGAAGGAACCAGACAAGCUGAACUUUUACACUCGCUGAAAGGGGACGGCUAUCUCCACCCAGUGAAAAAGUGGCCAAUGCGUUCUCGACUGUACAUCGGGGCUACAGGACAGUUCCUGAGUAGUUCCGGUCAGGGCGAGGGUUCGAAUCAGGGAGAGCCGUCAUCUGCUUCUCAGGCUUAAACACUCUCCCGUGACGGUUCGGCGUUUAAUACUCACGCAACAUGUGCACCUUUUGUUAUGGCGGAGGAAGAAAAAGGUUUAUUUCAAUUUUGUGCGGCCGUCGCCCUGCUGCAGCGACAACCGCAGACAGGCGGUUUCUCAAAACUGCAGGGGGGUGGUCUCUCAUGGUGUUUCUUCGUGUGGAAAAAGUGAACUGUAUACAUGGAUUACAUGGGAAAUGUAUUUGUGUUAAAUACUUUUCAUAUUGGGUCUCUUGCAUAAAUUGUAUCUCUUCAACAAAGCUUUUUUUUAAUCUUGAAGAGAAACUGCUUUCAGAAACUGAAGUUUGAAGAAUGAAGGUUAGUGCUUUUUCUGGGAUGGCUGGGGAGUGAGAAGGACGCUAGGAACACAAGCUUGAGCAUAUAGUACAUUAAUAUAUUUGACCGUUUUGUAAAUACUGUUUGAAAAUAUGCCAUUCUGUCUGAGUCCAUGUAAUUUGCUUUAUGUAAAGCUCCUGUAAAGCUGUUGAAUUUUCUUUUCCAGAAAGUCCUACAACUCUGUACUUGUUACAGAUUCUUGAAGAACUAUUGUGCUUUAAAAAAUUCCAUUUGUUAAAGUAAUGAGCUUUCAUGCCUGACUGGUUGGCAAUGCACUUUCUGUUAAAACAUUUGCACUAAAUGCAUGUCUGAAUAACGAAACAUUUGUCAAGUGAAGUGGUCUGUCAGAUUCCCAACAAUACUGGUGGGACCAUCCUAAUGUCUCCCAUGAUUCUUCUUGUGAAUAGAUGUAAAUACAGCAAAUGGCUUAUUAGAUAAUAAACGAAGAAAUAAAAACAACUGAUUCAAAUGCU